CUGGGACUGACAUGCCGAACAGGAGGAAGUGAACGUGCUGGAUAUGAUCGAUGAGAUCAUUGAGAAGCUUCUCGACCCCGACGGUUACUUGAACUACCCGCUGCCUGCACCUCCUGGACGAAGUUUCAUCGACAGCCUCCGGCCUCAGCGUUCCAGCAACAGCCUCCCUGCCUUCGAGAGCCUGCGGACAAGACCUUGGGCUCCUGUUGGCUUCGGUGUGAUGAAGAAAGGUCAUGCGUCGUCCAAGUUCAACACGGUCAGCCCAGCAGUAAAAAGUCUCUUGCUGGUUGCCGACAGCCCCGCACUGCGGAGAAUGAGGAACCAAGCGCCUGAAGAAAACAAGGGAGAGGGUGAGAGCCCAGCGAAAUCUCUGAUCGGACAGAUACUGAGCACGCAGAGCUUGAACAAGCUUUAUCUGCUGGCCCUGAAGAAACACCAGAAAGCGGAAGAGACGAAGAAGAAAUUGAGGUGCUGAUCGGGCUUGUGGCACAGUCAAUGAUUCGGGUUGUCUGGCAGGGAGCGGAUGAUUUCUCACGUUAUGAGCCCGAGAGAGAGAGAGGACGAGGUCGAUGUCUCCUCUCAGCCCUCGAGGUCUGACCCACCCCUUGCAGAUCCUGAGCAUGAUGCUGCCCUAUGAGCAUGAGGGCCUUCGGAAGCCCUUAGUUAGAACUUGACGAGCCGGAAGUCGUUACUGUUAUUCUUUUUCUUUUCAACUAUAGCCUACCAUCGC